AUGAGUGAGAAAAUCGACUACUUGCUUCCAGGAGAGAAGUACGAGCCUAAGCAACCAGACUGGGAAAAGAUCAAGUAUUAUCAAGAUAUUAGCCCAACUGGAUGUGAAGGAAAAGCUCAUGAAAGAGAUGUAUUAACCCCUGAGCCAGUAAUUCUCAGUCCACCUCCUCCUCGUCAAAGUAUUACAAUGGAUGAUACUACUGAUUUCCCAGAGCAGAGAAUAAUCCCUCUUGCUGAAGACAGACCUUAUGAAGAAGGAAAGUAUAGACCUCCAUCAAUGCCUGUUUUUGCUGGUUAUUUCCCUACAAAUGAAUAUUUAUACAGAGGAAAAAUUUAUAAUUGGUGCUCAUGAGGACAUGCCCAACAACAUCCAUGGUGUGAUGGUCAAUGUAAAUGGAUUGUCACUAGACUCAGACCUAUUAAAUUCAACGUAUCAGAGAGUGGAUAUUAUAAAUUAUGCAACUGUAAACUCUCAGCGAAUGCUCCAUUCUGCAGUGGAACCCACAAGAGUUUGUUAAAAGCAACUCAUAGGCACCAUAGAGGAUUCUGGGGAAUAUGGGGGGUCUCGAGCUUUGUCUGUACAUUUGGAUAUUGGUUCUACACCUUCUACAAGUAA